AUGAGGAUAAUUCCCAAGUCCGAGGAUGAUUACCGCAGGAUUACUCGACUCUUUAGGGAGGAAGAGGUGCCCCACCAGACUUUCUCUCUACCCUCGAAGAGGAGCAUUCAUGCUGUACUCAGAGGAGUACCUGCGACACUCUCAGAAACGGAGAUCAAGGAAGAGUUGCAACAGAGGAGAUAUCCCCCCCUGCACAUAAUUCGCCUUAAACGCGGUGGCGGCGUGCCCAUGCCUUUGGUGGUAGUCAUACUGCCCAAGAUCUCAGCAGCUGUUCAACGAACAUGA